ACACUCUAUCUGUACUCACUUCAAGUAUCAGCUUGCAGCCCUACAGCAGCCUCCUGUUCACUCGCAGUGCCUGUCCACCACUUCCAUCUCUUCGAUCAAAAUGAGGACCGCUCACUUCAUCGCUAUCGCUGUCUCGCUGCUUGCUGCAGCCACCUUCGUCGCAGCCACCGGAUAUUCCUCCAGCCUCAUCAAUGACUGCGAUUUCGACGUCAAGGUCGACAUCGUCCUCAUACCGGGUCUCCAGCUCUUACCGGGUGUCAUUACCGUGGUUGCCCACACCGUCCAGUCCGUGCUGUACACCAUAACGGGCCUCGUCUCCAGCCUGCUCGGCUUGACCUGGAAGAUCUCCGCUGUGAUCGACGGGGUCCUGUGCACCGUCAACGUGCUGGUGCCCGUGAAUGGGACGGUUCACAUCGUCCAGACGACGGUUGGCACAGUCGCAGUCCUCGUGAACAAUGUGGUCAAAGGCUACCUUCUUCAAUGAUCUAUACGCGGCAAUCAACAGUCAGACACAGGUCGGCACGAGUCAAUACAAUCUAUAGUGUUUUAAUCCUCUUUCAGAAAGGUCCGAUCGGACCUUUCUAAACGCAUUGUUAAGACAUGUACGCUAGAUUGGCAAUUGUACUUCAUCCUAUUUAUAUAACUAAAGCCUUUCACUGAGGCAAUGAUUCGUUAUUUCGUAC